AUGAGAAACUCAUUCAAGACUUUUAACAAACACUUCACUUUCAUUUCUUAUGGUUUCAUAACUUCUCCCACACACCUCACUUUCUCUCAAUUCCGCUCAUCAUACUCCGAGUGUGUUUCAGGUCGUCUCGAGAGUGUGCCCCAGGUCUCAGCGUCUCCAUCUUCUACAUUUAUGGAGGUAUUCAAAGCAAUUGCUAAGCAAGACCUUGCAUCCCAUGGAAAUGUUGCUAUCAGAGCUGAUCAGAAGAGCUAUAGUUACAAGCAACUCAUCUCGUCAGCACUAAAGAUUUCUAAUCUCUUAUGUGGAAGUGAUGCCAAAGGAAAUCUUGCUGGAGCUCGAGUAGGAAUUGUAGCCAAACCCUCUGCUGAAUUUGUUGCUGGAAUACUUGGGACUUGGCUUAGUGGAGGUGUUGCUGUUCCACUUGCUGUCAGCUAUCCAGAAGUAGAGCUUCUGUAUGUCAUGAAUAAUUCGGACACAUCUGCAAUACUGAGUACUGAAGAUCAUAGUGAACUAAUGCAAAACAUUGCCAAUAAAACCUCUUCAAAUUUUUUUCAUCUUCCACCUGUUGCUAAUAAUUCGUUAGAUAAGAACAGAGAUGAACAUUCACAAAAUGGAGAAAUUGAUGCAGCCAGAAUUUUCCUGGAGAGUAUUGAAAGAUUAAGUGAAGACCCGGCACUCAUUUUGUACACUAGCGGAACAACAGGUAAACCUAAGGGAGUUGUUCAUACACACAGAAGCAUCAUUGCUCAGAUCCAAUCAUUGACAAAAGCGUGGGAGUACACUUCUACGGAUCAGUUUUUGCAUUUUAGGGAACAUAUUACUAGUAUUUUGUAUAUUUUCUGUUUCUCUAUGAUUUGGGAUAUCUUUAUGAUGUCAAUCCUUAACAUACAUGAUAUACAUGUCCAUGGGCUUUUCAACGGUUUACUGGCCCCUCUCUAUGCAGGUUCCACGGUUGAGUUUUUGCCGAAAUUUAGUGUCAGGGGAGUUUGGCAGAGAUGGCGCGAGUCAUAUCCAAAUGAAGGGUCUAAGGCUGAUGAUGCUAUAACAGUAUUCACUGGAGUUCCAACUAUAUAUGCUCGAUUAAUUCAAGGUUAUCGUGCGAUGGAUCCCGAGCUACAAGCUGCUUCAGCAUCGGCUGCAAAGAACUUGCGUCUAAUGAUGUGUGGGUCCUCGGCACUUCCUCAACCUGUUAUGCUAGAAUGGGAAGCCAUCACCGGGCACCGCUUAUUGGAGCGAUAUGGCAUGACUGAAUUUGUCAUGGCAUUGUCAAAUCCAUUGAAAGGUGAGCGUAAGGCAGGCACAGUUGGAAAACCACUGCCAGGCGUGCAGGUCAAGAUUCUUUCAGAUGGGGAGAAUUGGAGUGAAAAAACAGGAGCCGGCGGCGAGCUUUGCGUUAAAAGUCCUUCACUGUUUAAAGAAUAUUGGAAACUUCCAGAGGUAACGAAGGAAUCAUUUACGGAAGAAGGAUUCUAUAAGACUGGAGAUGCCGUUACAACAGAUAAAGAUGGAUAUUACAUCAUUCUAGGACGUACUAAUGCGGAUAUCAUCAAGGCCGGUGGCUAUAAGCUGUCUGCAUUAGAAAUCGAAUCAGUUAUAAUAGAGCAUCCAAGUGUCUCAGAAUGUUGUGUCUUGGGCUUACCACACAAAGAAUAUGGAGAAAUUGUCGGUGCAAUUGUCGUGCCAGAGGCUGAUAUUAAACGAAAGCAAGAUGAAGAAUCAAAGCCGGCUCUAAGCCUAGAAGAAUUAUCCACCUGGGCCAAAGAUAAACUUGCACCUUACAAGAUACCAACUCGACUAAUCGUGUGGGACUCACUCCCCCGCAAUGCAAUGGGAAAGGUCAGUAAAAAAGAGCUGAAGAAGUUUCUAGCUCCGGAACAGUAA